AAUUUAAAUUUGUUCAUGUUUUAAAGGGGGCAUCUGCCCUGCUCGACAACCAACAAUAGUUUAAUGCCAUAUCGUGAUCGGUGGAAGAUUGUAAAAUGCACAUUUAGCCGCUGGCACAAUGUGGCUUUUAGCAAGAGAUUCCUGCUUUAUACGAAUGUGGGCAUCUCAAUUGGCCUGAGCAUGAUGGGUGACACAUUAGAGCAGUCAUUCGAGCGAUACAAGGACCAGAUAGAUGGCUGGAAUCGCACGCGUACAGUUCGAAUGGGUAUCUCGGGAUUGACAGUGGGCUUUGUUUGUCACUACUGGUACCAGUAUCUGGACUACUAUUAUCCCAAGCGGACGCUGAAAACGGUGGUGUACAAAAUAUUGCUGGAUCAAUUCAUUUGCUCACCGUUUUAUAUCGGUGUUUUUUUCCUCACGAUGGGCUUAUUGGAGCAGAACAAUUGGGAUGAAGUUAAGGACGAGAUCAGAAGCAAAGCCUUGACGCUGUACUUUGCUGAGUGGACAGUGGGGCCAGCUGCACAAUUGAUCAACUUUUUCUUUGUUGCCCCACAAUACCGAGUGUUAUACGAUAAUUUCGUAAGUUUGGGCUUCGACAUUUAUACCUCCAGAGUCAAGUACAGUAAGAAACCGGAUGGGCAAACGAAGAUUUCGUUUAACAAAGCAUUGAGUCUUUAUAACCUGUAUAUGAACACAAAAAAGUCCAAGGCAGUAUUUAAAGAAUAAAAAAGAGUUUUUUAUUAAUAUAUAAAUUACGUAUUGAAUGCUGUACUUCAUUUAUGAUUACCAUAUCAUAAAGUUGUAAUGUAAGUGUUCUUUGAAGCAAAGGAGAAUAAUAAAAAUUAAUUUAUAUUGUAA